CACACUGCCAGCGGAGGACACACGAGGAGGAGGAGGAGGAGGUGGAGGAGGAGGACACAGGGAGAAGCAGACACUUCUCCUCUCCCGUCACUUUUUAAGAGAAAAAUGACUUGCAGAGCAACAACCAAAAGAAAGGGCACACAGAGGAUAUACAUGUAAACAAAAGAAACCUACUCUUCUCCAUUCUCCUUUUCAAGGAGGGCAUUUUUCUUCCCUUUCCCCCCCUUUCCUUUUCUGCCCCGAUUUUUUCCUCUGAGAUCCCGGUUUUGUCAAUUAGCACCUCUGAACUUCUCUGGGAUUUCAGGUGAGGCACGCGUGUGUAGUGUGUGGUGCUUCAGCUUUUUUUUUUUCCAUUACCCAUCAUGGCUCACGCGGCCUCCCAAUUGAAGAAGAAUCGGGGGGAAGUGGAUGUGAAUGCAUUAGAGGACGAGAAGGAGAAGCGGAGGAAGAGCAGGAGAGCACAGUCCCGGGAACAAAAGAGAAAGUCUGACAGUAAUGCCAGUUACCUGAGAGCUGCCAGGGCAGGAAACCUUGAAAAGGUCCUUGACUACAUCAAGUCGGGGGUGGAGAUCAACAUUUGCAAUCAGAAUGGAUUGAAUGCGCUUCAUCUGGCCUCUAAGGAGGGGCAUGUGGAGGUUGUUGUGGAACUCCUAAAGCUUGGUGCCACGGUAGAUGCAGCAACAAAAAAAGGAAACACUGCCCUGCACAUCGCCUCGCUGGCCGGCCAAGCGGAAGUCGUCAAAGAGCUGGUCACCAACGGAGCCAACGUCAAUGCACAAUCUCAGAAUGGCUUCACUCCUCUUUACAUGGCAGCCCAGGAGAAUCACCUGGAUGUGGUUCGGUUCCUUCUGGAGAACAAUGCCAGCCAGAGUAUGGCUACAGAGGACGGAUUCACCCCCCUGGCAGUGGCGCUCCAGCAGGGCCAUGACCAGGUGGUCUCCCUGCUGCUGGAGAACGAUACCAAGGGCAAGGUCCGACUGCCUGCCCUGCACAUCGCUGCCCGCAAGGACGACACCAAGGCCGCGGCCCUGCUUCUUCAGAACGACCACAACGCUGAUGUAGAGUCCAAGAGUGGCUUCACUCCACUCCACAUCGCCUCUCACUAUGGCAACAUUCACGUCGCCACGCUGCUGCUUAACCGAGGGGCCGCUGUGGACUUCAUGGCUCGGAAUGACAUCACCCCACUCCAUGUGGCUGCGAAAAGGGGUAACAGUAACAUGGUGGUCCUGUUGUUGGAUAGAGGGGCCAAAAUUGAUGCCAAGACCAAGGACGGCCUGACACCGCUUCACUGUGGGGCGAGGAGCGGUCACGACCAGGUGGUGGAGAUCCUUCUACAACGAGGAGCUCCGCUGCUGUCCAAGACCAAGAACGGUCUAUCAGCGCUCCACAUGGCCACUCAGGGGGACCACCAUAACUGUGUCAACACCUUGCUCAACCACGACGUCCCUGUGGACGAUGUCACCAAUGACUACCUGACCGCUCUGCACGUCGCGGCUCACUGCGGUCACUACAGGGUGGCCAAGCUCAUUCUGGAAAAGAAGGCCAACCCGAAUGCCAAGGCUCUGAACGGUUUCACUCCACUCCACAUUGCCUGCAAGAAGAACAGACUCAAAGUUAUGGAACUUUUGCUAAAAUACGGAGCUUCUAUCCAGGCAGUAACAGAGUCUGGACUCACGCCCAUCCAUGUGGCUGCGUUCAUGGGUCACCUGAUGAUCGUGGAUUCCCUCACAGAGCAUGGAGCUUCGCCGAACACCACUAACGUUAGAGGCGAAACAGCGCUCUUCAUGGCAGCCCGCUCCGGCCAGAUAGAUGUGGUCAAGUUUUUACUCAGAAUGGGAGCCAAUGUUGACACCAAAUCGAAGGAUGAUCAGACAGCACUGCACAUUUGCACCAGGCUUGGAAAGGUGGAAACUGUUAUGCUUCUGCUGCAGUCUGGUGCUUCUGCCAAUGCCGCCACCACCUCUGGCUAUACUCCCCUCCACCUGGCAGCCCGCGAAGGACACCAGGAUGUGGCUGGUGUUCUACUGGACCACGGAGCAAAUGUGGAGUACACGACAAAAAAAGGAUUCACUCCUCUGCAUGUGGCAGCAAAGUACGGGAGGAUGGAAGUGGCCAAACUGCUGAUCAAAGCCAGAUCAAUGAUCGAUAACCCUGGAAAGAACGGGCUCUCUCCACUCAGUGUUGCCAUUCACUAUGAUAAUCAGAAACUGGCUCUGCUACUGCUGGAACAGGGAGCGUCACCAAUGUCGAUAGCAAAGAACGGCUACUCGCCGCUUCACAUCGCUGCCAAGAAGAAUCAGAUGGACAUUGCCACGGCUCUGCUGGAGUACGGCGCCUCUCCAGAAGCGACGACAGCUCAGGGCAUCAACCCUGUGCACAUGGCUGCGCAGGAGGGAAACGUGGACAUAGUGUCACUGCUUUUGUCCAAGAAUGCCAACAUCAACGCUCACACAAGGGUACAGCACAGUUUAAAAAGUCACACAUUAAUAAAAACCCCAAAUGAUUUAUGGAAACUUUAUAUUGUUUACUUGUGUGUGUUUUUGCAGAGCGGACUUACACCUCUUCACCUCGCAGCUCAGGAAAACAAAGUCAACGUAGCGGAAGUCCUUCUCAACCACAGAGCUGACGUCAACGUUCGAACUAUGACGGGUUACACACCGCUGCAUGUGGCCGCUCACUAUGGCAACGCAAAGAUGGCAAACUUCCUUCUGCAAAACAAUGCCAUGGUUGAUUACAUAACAAAGAACGGAUACACUCCCCUCCACCAAGCUGCCCAGCAGGGACACACUCACAUCGUGAACCUGCUCCUGCAGCACGGGGCCUCUGCCAAUGAGCUCACGGUGAAUGGGAAUACACCGCUGUCACUGGCUCAACGUCUGGGCUACAUAUCUGUGGUGGACACGCUGAGACCUGUGACUGCAGAGGGCUUGGCCAACAUGAGUGCACCAGAGAAACACAAAAUCAAUGUCCCGGAGACUCUGAAUGAGUUUCUGGACAUGUCAGACGAUGAAGGUGAGGAUGCCAUGACAGGAGACACAGACAAAUACCUGCGUCCUCAAGACUUGAAGGAGCUGGGGGACGACUCUCUUCCCCAGGAGGGCUAUGUUGGAUUCAGCACAAGAGCUCCACUAGCCAGCCCUAGAAUCAGUUCAGACCGGUCCAGCACACUAAACCGAAGCUCCUUCACUCGGGACAGUAUGAUGAUCGAGGAGAUUCUGGCUCCCACCAAGUCCUCGCUUCAGAGUGCCUGUAAAGACAUUUCCUUCUUGGUUGACCCCUUAAAUAAGCACCUGGCUGUGACCAGAGACUACGGUUCAGAGUGCAUGCGUCGCUACAGUUGGACUCCAGAUACUGUCGACCACAGCCAUAACGCUGUGUCCAGCCCAAUUCACUCUGGCUCCUCUUCCCCGCUCCCUCAGUAUGACUCCAGGUUCCUUGUCAGUUUUAUGGUUGAUGCCCGUGGUGGUUCCAUGAGAGGCAGCCGCCACAACGGCAUGCGCAUCAUCAUCCCCCCUAGAAAGUGCACGGCUCCCACUCGCAUCACCUGUCGCCUGGCCAAGCGACACAAGCUGGCGUACCCCCCGCCCAUGGUGGAAGGAGAAGGGCUGGUCAGUCGACUGGUGGAGGUCGGGCCAGCUGGGGCUCAGUUCCUCGGUCCUGUGAUCGUGGAGAUUCCCCAUUUUGGCUCCAUGAGAGGGAAGGAGAGAGAGUUAAUUGUGUUGAGGAGUGACAACGGGGACACCUGGAGGGAGCAUCAGUCUGACAGUAGACCGGAAGAUCUGCCAGAACUCCUUGUUGGCAUGGAUGAAGAGCUUGACAGCCCUGCUGAGCUGGAGAAGAAGCGGAUUUGCCGAAUUGUAACCAGCGACUUCCCUCAGUAUUUUGCGGUGGUGUCCCGGAUCAAGCAGGAGUCCAGCCACGUGGGUCCUGAUGGAGGGGUUUUGUCCAGCAGCACCGUGCCCAUGGUCGCCGCCUCUUUCCCCCAGGGGGCCCUCACCAAGAGGAUACGUGUUGGUUUACAGGCCCAGCCAGUCCCAGAUGACCUGGUGAGAGCGGUCCUCGGGAACAGAGCCACCUUCAGCCCCAUUGUCACCGUGGAGCCCCGAAGAAGAAAGUUCCACAAGCCAAUUACCAUGACCAUCCCUGUCCCUCCGAGGUCAGCAGAAGGUCACCCCACUGGCCAGCGGGGAGAAUGUGCCCCGUGUCUUCGCCUGCUCUGCAGCAUCACCGGGGGGACGUCGCCUGCCCAGUGGGAAGACAUCACGGGGACCACCCCUCUGUCCUUCGUCACCGAUUGUGUAUCUUUCACCACAAAUGUGUCGGCCAGGUUCUGGCUCGCAGACUGUCACCAGAUUCCUGAGACGGUGAGUCUAGCGUCUCAGUUAUACCGGGAGCUGAUCUGCGUGCCGUACCUGGCCAAGUUUGUGGUUUUCGCCAAGAUGAACGAUUCUGUCGAAGCCCGGCUUCGCUGUUUCUGCAUGACAGACGACAAAGUCGACAAGACUCUGGAGCAGCAAGAGAACUUUGAGGAGGUGGCACGCAGCAAAGACAUUGAGGUCCUGGAAGGCAAACCGAUCCACGUGGAUUGCUACGGCAAUUUGUCCCCUCUGACCAAGAGUGGACAGCAACUGGUUUUUAAUUUCUACUCCUUCAAGGAAAACAGGCUUCCUUUCAAUGUGAAGAUCCGAGAUAUGGGCCAGGAAGCAUGCGGUCGCCUCUCCUUCCUGAGAGAACCCAAAACAUCUAAAGGUCUUCCACAGACUGCCAUUUGCAAUUUAAAUAUCACACUGCCAACUCACCGAAAGGAUAUGGAGUCUGAUCCUGAUGAUGAGACUGAAAAGCCAGAACGACGUCAUACCUUUGCCUCCAUAGCUUUGCGUAAGCGCUACAGCUAUUUGACUGACCCAGCUGCCAAAACAACUGAUCGAAGUCCGCAGAGAACACAGCCUCCUAGCUACCCUCACAAACCUGUCCUUUCAACGAGAUCUUAUCAGGCGUGGUCGUCUGUUCCUGUCGCCGUCCCUGGCCAAACCAAGUCUGGAUUUGGCUCCCUCUCCAGUUCCUCGUCCAACACACCCAAUGCCUCUCCACUGAAGUCUCUUUGGUCCAUCAAUUCUGCGUCCCCCAUAAAAACAAAUAUUCCCGGAUCACCUGUCUCCUCAAUUAAAUCCGUUAGUGACAUGGCCGGGUCUCCCAUCAGGUCUUACAGGACUAUCUCCUCUCCCAUAAAAACUGUUGUCCAGCAAACACAGUACCAAGGACAACUUACCCCCAGCCCCCUUGCCUCACCAGGAAAAAACGCCUCAGAUUCAAUGAAGGGAACAGCAGGAUUGUCUGCUCGAUCCUCCCCAAUAACUGUAGGAGGAAGCCCCUUACUUGAAAGGGCGUCCAUAGCCAUGACACCACCAACAUCCCCCAAAUCCUCAAGUAUGUACAGCCCCCCUCUCUCUUACAAAACUGUCAUGGGGGGCUCUGCUGGAACAGCGUCAUCUUGCUCCCCCAUAAAAACAGUCCCCGGCCUCUCCUCUGUACGGUCCUUUGCAUCUGAUGUCACUGGCCCUGCAAGGAACUUUUUUUCAUCACUUUCAUCUCCUCUCAAAUCAAACACGGCUCCAAGUGCUGCAGCUCUCAUCAACGGGUCUUUGUCUCCAUCACAGUAUCGCUCCUCAUCCCCAACACCAAGUCUCACCAGCAGCCUGCAAGAAAGGAUACAAGCAACGACCAAUGCUGCGACAACAAGUGUGAAUGCAGCUUUUGAUGAAGUUGAAAAAACAUUCAACUCAUGCUCAGCAGGUUACGGUACAUUAAAGUCCAUGUCCUCCUCGGCAUCCUCCUCUUAUCAGUCCAUCAGAUCAUCUGCUUCUAGUUCCUUGUACGCCUCUUUGAGAUCUGCCCCUCACAACACUACUGCAGUGACGUCCAGCACAAUGACGGUCCCUGUUUAUUCUGUUAUCAAUGUGAUGCCGGAGCCUCCGUUUAAAAAGCUACCCGAGGUGUCAAAGUCAGCGGCCGCUCUUCUGUCCCCCAGGAAGACAGAUCCCAAUGUAAUGAGUCCUCAAGUGCAAUCUUCCUUUGCGCGAACGCUCUCCCCAAUAAAGUCCCCCCAUUUCGCUGCUGGGUUGAAGUCUGACACAACGUCACCCCUGUCGUCCAGCCAGGAGAUUCUGAAAGAUGUGGCUGAAAUGAAGGAGGACUUAAUUCGCAUGUCAGCAAUUUUACAGACGGAAGCAAAUUCUUCUGCAAGUAAACUGUUCAAAUCAGACUCUCCCAAGGAGGCUAGAGUAGAAGAUGAUGAGCCGUAUAGAAUUGUCGAGAAAGUUAAAGAGGACUUGGUGAAAGUUAGUGAGAUCUUAACUAAAGAAACAGGUCGCGAUGGUCGGGUCUCCAUAGCACGGAGUCCGUUGGAUAAUAUACACUUCUCAAAGGUUCCUGUUGAACAGCCUCCCAGUAACUGGAGCUACCCACCAAGGUAUGAGACGGUGGUCCCUCAAGCCAAGUCAAAAACAAUAUCGGAUCGAGAUUUCAACCUCUCUAAGGUUGUUGACUACCUGGCCAACGAUGUUGGAAGCAGCUCUUUCUCCAAAAUGCAUGAUUCAAAGCAAAAACUUGACGAGUCUAAGAAAGAAGGAGAAAGCAAGGAAAAGCAAAAACGUGUUCUAAAACCCACGAUGGCAGUCCAAGAACAUAAGCUCAAAAUGCCUCCAACUACAAUGCGGUCAUCGCCUUCUGACAAAGAGCUCAGCAAAGUGGCGGAUGUGCUUUUUGGAGCGGACACUGUGCUAGAAUCUCCCGAUGAUAUAUCUCAUGAGCAAGAUAAAAGUCCACUCUCUGAUAGUGGCUUUGAGACCAGGAGUGAAAGGACACCAUCUGCUCCUCAGAGUGCAGAAGGCAUGGGCCCAAAGGCUCUUUUUCAAGACGUCCCAGCUCCACCAGUUAUAACAGAAACACGAACCGAAGUUGUCCAUGUCAUAAGAAGUUAUGAAUCCCCGGAGGAGAAUCAACAAACGGCAACGAUGGAGUCGCAGCCCGUCAGAUAUAUUGAAUGUGAUGCUAAAGGGCAUAUGAAUCAAGGUGCAUCCCCUUCUGAGCAAGACAAAUGCUACUCAAUAAAGGUCAGCCCUGAUGAAGAUGCUAUGGGAAAAGGUAUGAGGUUGAAAGAGGAGACUCACAUUACAACAACUACGAGGAUGGUGUAUCACAAACCUCAUGGCAAAGACGCUGCUUCGGAAAGGUGCGAUGAAACAAUGUCUGUACAAGACAUAAUGAAGGCAUUUCAAUCUGGGAAGGACCCAUCUAGGGAACUAGCUGGACUUUUUGAACACAAAUCUGGCAAUGAGGAAUCACCACAAAGAGAGGACAUCAACUCAAAGCCCAAGGUUGAAAGAAUAAUUGAGGUUCACAUUGAGAAAGGAAACAAAUCAGAACCAACAGAAGUCAUUAUCCGUGAGACAAAGAAUCAUUCGGACAAGGAAAUGUAUUACUACUCAGGGAAUAGACAAGAAGAUGAUGAGGAGUCACUUCCUAUGUAUCUUGACGCCUCCACAGUUAACACACCCACUUCACAGGAGGAGGAUAGUCGCCCGAGUUCGGCUCAGCUUAUUGCAGAUGACUCUUACAAAAGAUUAAAGCUUCUAAGCCAGCAAUCAGUAGAGUACAAUGAAGAUGGAUCAUCAGAGUUAAGGGGGGAGUCUUAUAAUUUUGCAGAAAAAAUGCUACUCUCUGAAAAAUUUGACCAGUCCCACUCUGACACCGAGGAAUACCUUCGAGAUAGGUCCCACUUAUACUCACCCGACAAACAUAGUCACAGCGAGGGAAAGGUAGGACGGCCAAGGACGGAGUAUGUUUUUAGGUCAUCCCGGAAUUUCUUUGACAAAUCAGGAAGAAUGGCUACUGAUGAUAAUUAUGACAAGAUGACUCUGCUACAGUAUUCGUCCGAGCCUGGUAGCCCGAAACAGUCUGUAUGGAUGCGUGUCCCAGAUGAAGCGCACAGCAGGGACCAAGAACAUGUCAUGUAUGAGGACAGAGUUGACAGAACAGUGAAGGAGGCAGAGGAAAAACUAAGUGAGGUGUCUCAGUUCUUUAGAGAUAAAACAGAGCAGCUCAAUGAUGAGCUCUCAUCGCCAGAGAGGAAAUCACGUAGACCAGACUUCAGGGAAUCAAGAUCAGGACCCAGUUCUACACACAGCAGUCCGGAGAGGUCAGUUUAUAAAAGUGCAACUAGUGGGGAGGAAUGGAGCAGAGAAAGACUCCGAGACAAGUUCAGUGCUACUGAUAGAAAAUGUUCCAGCUUACCCAGCAGCCCAGAGAGGAGGGUUUUACUGCAAUAUGGUGAUUCAGAUGCCAAAAAACAGGUGGACGGUACAUCACAGAGAGGGAUGGGUGAAGGUCCCAAACCCUUCCAAAUGUCUUCCUCAAAGGUCAGUGCAGUGAGGCUGAAGUUUGAGCAAGAGGCGCAAAGACAAGAAAAAAUCAAUCAAAAUACCAAUCCACCGGUGAGAAAACUCCAGGAAAGUAAGCUACCUGUUUACCAAGUCUUUGCUGGUUCAAGUACUCCAAAAACUCCUGGCAGUCCUGGAGUUCAGAGGCGAGUUGCGGAUAUUGAAUCAAAUCCUUCCAGCCAGGCAUGCAGUAAAGACCAGGAUAAGAAUCUCUUUAAGACCUGGGAGAACCGGGGAUAUGGGACUUACAAACCCUCGUCACCUAGACAAUCACCUCCUGUUUAUGAGUCUAUCAAGGAUGUCAACAAUGGGGAUCCCCAAAGACAAGAAACUACUAAAAAAAUAAUUUACACAGAGUUCGUUGUCCGAGAAAGUCCAAACAUAAAUGAUGGUCUAAAAAAAAACUCGGAAUUACAAAGUCAUAUAAAAAAGCCAACUAAUUUUCCAGAAAACCGAAAGUCCACAACGAUAAAAGUUAAUGCCACAGUUGAAUCGUAUGACAAGUCAGGUACAAAUGUACCUACUUUGGCUAGAAAUCUGUUGCAUAGCCCUGAUUCAAAUAGAUCUACCUCUGGGUCUUUGGGGAAGUCACCAGAAUUGGAACAUUGUCUAUCAAAUGUAGCCUGUAAUGGUGUCGACAGUGACCAAGUAGAGUACCUUGAACAAGUUAGUCCUGUAGUUGUUACGGAGGGUUUUAAAGAUAUAAAACCCUUACCUGUGUAUGUCAGCAUUGAAGUAGGAAAGCAGUUUGAAAAGGAAACAGCUUCAGCGCAGUUGGGCACCUACAAGAAGAUUGUGAGUCAUGAGAGUAGGACAGUACAUGAGACUAGGGGUGCAUUUUACUCUGUUAAGCAAAAGCAGACCUCGUCUCCUCAAGGAAGUCCAGAAGAUGACACUCUAGAACAAGUAACGUUCAUGGACACCUCAGGCAGAAGUCCUGUCACUCCUGAAACCCCAACAUCUGAGGAGGUCAGCGCUGCUUCAAGAACUCCAGAGUCUGUAAAAGGCAUUCUGUCUGGCAUGCAGAGCCCUAUCCCUGAAGAGUCGGAAGAUGAGGAUGGAAAAACGUUUAUCUACAAGGAACCUGCACAGGAAAAGUCAAAACCAACUGCAGAAAACAUAGUGAAGAAACAGGAUGUUGACCGCCAAAAGUCAAAGGAGAAAAGAGUUGCUUACAUUGAGUUUCCACCACCUCCUCCUUUGGAGGGAGAGAAGUCGAAGAAAAGGGGAUCCUGUGCCUCAUCUGAAGCAGAGACAGAGAUGAUGGAAGUGAAUCUCCAAGAGGAGCAUGAUAAGCACCUUCUAGCAGAGCCAAUUAUUAGGGUCCAGCCACCAUCCCCAGUUCCCCCAGGAGCGGAUAACAGUGACUCCAGUGAUGACGAGUCUGUCUUCCAUCCCAUCCCCAUAAAAAAAUACACGUUUAAGGUCAAAGAAGAAGGAGACAAACGUCAAAGACCAAAAAGGGCAGAUAAGAAUGGAAAUGGUAAAGAAAGCGGUGUUAAUGGUGUCACAAAAGGCGAAGAUGACUUUGAAAAUGGUAACGACCAGUCAAUUACUGACUGUUCCAUCGCAACCACUGCUGAGUUUUCUCAUGACACAGAUGCAACUGAGAUCGAUUCUUUAGACGGCUAUGAUCUUCAGGAUGAAGAUGAUGGUUUGAGCGAAGAUCCAAAGACAUCCAGUCUCUCCAAUGAUGGAAAACCAACUGACCGCUCAUUUAGUCAGUCCAAGCUCGAGGUGAUUGAGGAAGAAAAGUGUGAAGAUAGUGCGGACAUUAGCAAGACUAAAUGCAAGCCAUCUUCUGCCAAAAGCAGUGGAGAGGAGAAAGAUUAUACCCUUGAAGGAAGACAUCCUGAUAGGCAGACGUUUGGUGACAAAUAUUUUGGAUACCAACUUGAAGAGGAACUGAAUUCAACCUUUAAAACAGUAGCCACCAAAGGGCUUGACUUUGACCCCUGGUCAACUAAAGGGACUGAUAAUGAAGGGGCUUACGACUCCAAAGCAAAAGACGAUGAGUCCAAGCCAUUUGGUUUAUCAGUGGAAGACAAAUCACAGGCUACAACACCUGACACAACCCCUGCACGAACACCAACUGAUGAGAGCACCCCAACUAGUGAGCCUAACCCCUUCCCUUUCCAUGAAGGGAAGAUGUUUGAGAUGACCCGCAGUGGUGCUAUUGACAUGAGCAAGCGGGACUUUGUUGAAGAGAGGCUUCAGUUUUUCCAGAUUGGUGAGCAUUCCUCUGACCCUUCAUCAGGGGAAAAGGGGAAAGGGGGCAAGAUCCUGGGGGUAAUUUCCUCUCAGUCAAAGGCAGGGGAGAGGGCAACAAUAGAGGGGAAAGUAAAGGGUACAGACAACACCACAGACAGCAGUCCAACACUACCAGCAGCAGCGACAACUAAAGGCAGCCCUUCACAACCUCGCAAUGACACUGGCCAUUCUGGUACAGAUGCCCCCAACUGUGAAGGCAUUGUUGAGACGGCCUCCUCUUGCACAAUUACAGCUUCUAAAGUUGACACCAAAUUACGUACCCCAAUUAAAAUGGGCAUAGCUGCUUCUAUUACCGUGAAAAAAGAUUCAGGGGAUGCCUCAGAGUACAAGACAGAUAUGUCAGACAGUCCGAUUGUGCCAGAAUACAUCAGCAUAGAGAGUCAGUGUUUAGAGAGCCAAGGUGCAAAGCUCCCGCAGGCAAAACUAGAAAGAAAAGACUACCCAUCAGAAAAUUGCAACAACAAUAAUAAUCUUGAAUCAUCAAGUGUUCAGGCUAACUACAUUCAGUGUGGCAGUGUGGUGUUUAACCUCCAGUCGUCCUCUGAGCCAACUCUCCAAAAAGCUAGCAGAAUUGAAAAUCUGUGCUGUAGAGACGGAGAAGAAAGUGUAGAGGCACAAACAAACAAUGAAGUUCCCGAGGCAAAAGUUGAAUCAGCGAAAGAAAGUGAGGUCAAGCAGCCUAAAUCCAGGCUUCCAGUGAAAGCAUCAGGAUGGUCUUUCCACACACAGGGAACGGCCAUAGGCAAGCAGAAACCCAAACAGUCAGUGAAAGUUGAGACCAGAAAGAGAGGAGAGCCGGCAGUAGCCAAAGUUGAACCUCGGUCCCGAAUUCCAAUUAAAGAUGUGAAAAAAAGCUGCAGUAAUGCCACAGCUGUCCCACCGGUGUCAGUUCGGGUUAGCUCACAACCCACCAGGGCCUUGGACACUGAAAGAGCAGCCAUACAGUUGCCCACAAGACUACCUCUGAAGGACAGACAUAAGGUCAGCAGUGUCUCAAGUGAGGGAACGUGCAGGACAGAGAAGCAAGACAACCCCAGUGAGGUUUGUAAGCGCACCAUUGAAUACUUUAAAGGAAUUAGCGGGGAAACUGAAAAGUUGGUGGACCGCCUCUCAGACGAGGAGAAAAAGAAGCAGACAGAGCAGUCCGAGGAAGACAGCACCUCCCGGAGCACCUCUCUGUCGGACGCCUCCCAGCCUUCCCAGCCCUCCCAGCCCUCUCGCUCAUCCAGGUCGGGUAGAGGUUCGAGGGCUGAGGCCGGGGCCGCGUCCGUAAGGGCAAAGGUGGCGACGACGGACAGGGCCUCUGGCAGUGAAAGGAGCAGGAGGAGUAGGCGGACUGGUGGGAAGGAGGGCAGUCAGGGACUCACAGGGUCUCGAACACCUCCCAUCGCAGAGAUCAAGCCUAGUCCGCAAAGUCCCUGUGAGAGAACAGAUCUUCGCAUGGCUAUAGUUGCAGAUCACCUGGGACUCAGUUGGACAGAGUUGGCACGGGAGAUGAACUUUACAGUGGAUGAGAUCAACCACAUCAGACUAGAGAAUCCCAACUCUCUGACUGCACAGAGCUUUAUGCUACUAAAGAAAUGGGUUAGCCGGGAAGGGAAAAAUGCCACAACGGAUGCCUUGUCUACAGUCCUGACCAAAGUCAAUCGGAUGGAUAUUGUGACUUUACUGGAGGGCCCCAUAUUUGAUUAUGGUAACAUUUCAGGCACAAGAUGUUUUGCCGAUGAUCACGCUGUUUUCCGGGAUCAGGCUGAUGAUUAUCAGAGCAUUCUAGCAGAGCUGCAGUCCCCCGCUGCUCUGCGCUCUGACCCCCAAUUCCUGAUGCCCGAACUCCCUGUCACACCCAACCCCUCCAUUUCCCAACCGCACCAUCAUCCAGAACCACUCACUCCUAUGUCGGACAAUUCGCCGACUCAACCUCCACCCUGGAGCCCCGUGAUUGUGCCCAGUAUCGCAGGGCUGGAAAGCCCCCCGACUAGUCCUCCCAGAAUCUGUGAGUUCAACCUGCCGGUCCCCUUCUUUGAACUUCCCGAUCCCUCGUUGUUGAAGGUCAGGAAGCCCCACAUUGCUCUGAACGAUCAGCUACUUUUGAGUGAAGAGGAAGACAAGUCUUGCCUUGAAGUGGAACUGCUCCGGAAGCCCAGAUCCCGAUCCGUCCCCACAUUUUGUGGGUUGGGCAAUGGCACAGCCUGCUACACAUCAUCCCCUUCAUUGUCCUCCAUUUCAUCGAUAACCCUCUCGACCCCUGAAAGAACUCAGUUCGGAGAUGGAGGAUUGAAGGAAUGUCCCCCUCAAGUGGAUUUAGGUUUGAAAAGGAAAGAAGACUUGGGGAAGGUUGUUCAGAUGGUCACAGCUGAUUUGGCUGAGGGACAGGAGUCUGUGGAAAAGUGGGUGGAGCCUGGGUUGAUUCUGAAGGUGGAAAGGAAAUGUGAGAUAGUAGUGAAAGAUAGAUCUAAGUUGGCUGAGGGAAACAUUUCUCUUGGAGAAGAAGACAACCACGGGACAGUCAGCAUAGCAAAUGCUGUGCAGCAAAGCCUUUCUGAAGACGUUAAAGCAGACACGGUUGGAGAACAUCUGUCUGAAACAACCCAGGAAGAAACAGGUGAUUUGGGCAAGGAUGAAAUGAAGACUGAUUUGACAGAUGGUACUUUAAAUCUCCAGGAACAAAAAAAUAGCAGAGUGGUCAAGGAGCUAGCAGGUGAUGGAACUGACCCCGAGUCCAUUGUUGAAGCACACAGUGAACCAAGUCUGACAGUGACUGGAUCAAAUGAAGAGAAGGCGGAGAAAGAAUCAGAGACAAAGACUGCAGAAGGCUCAGGGGACAAUGAGGAGGACAAAGAGAAGACUGAAGCCAAAGUUCAAGAGGUCAAGAUUGAGCAGGCAGAAAAAGAAAUGUCUUCGCUUUCAGGUUGGCAUAGUGAUACCUCCAGCGCUAACGUCGAGCCACCAACGCCAGGGCGCAGCGUCAGCUCCGACCUCCUCAACAGACGGGAAAGUCAAGAGAACUCUACAGACUCAAUCACUUCCUCAUCGAGGGCCGAAUCAGGGAGGUCACGACACAACUGUGACAACUCAAGGACUUCACCUCAGGGCGGCUCGUCGGAGUCUUUAAACGGCAGGAAGGAAGAGGGAGCUCUGGUGUCGGAAAAGAAAGUCCAGCAGCGUGUUAGUGUAGACUCUGGUUCAGAGGAAGAACAGACCGUAACCACCAGAAUCUUCAGGCGGCGUCUCAUUUUGAAGGGAGAACAGGCCAAAAACAUCCCUGGAGAGUCCGUGACGGAGGAACACUACAUGGACCGGGAUGGUAACCUUGUCAGCAGAAAAGUUAUCAGGAAGGUCAUUCGACGUAGGUCCACUCCCACGCCGGAGAACCACAGGCGGGAAACCUGGCCCAGCAACCUUCAACAAACUCUAGAUGAGGAAGGGCCAGAGAAAGAGGACGGCUCCAGAAACGGCAGGCGGAAGGAAGAGCGAAGAGAUAAAAAGCACCACUCAUAGCUGGAUGUCUGCUUCCCACCAGAUGUACAGGGAUCAAAUUAGUUCCCAGUCGAGGGACAACUGGAAGGUUCCGGCGUUCGGACUUCACACUGGGUGCAGUCCACAACUAUCUGCUUCAAACAAAUAGUUUUCACCUGAGUGGAGUCGACCCUGCAGACCUUCGCAUGAGCAUGACAAACACUCCUGGUCGCCCAGCGGGAGCCUCUCACCCAUUGGCCGGCUGGGUGCCGAUGAUUCUGCUUCCUGUUGUGCGUGAAAAACCAUAGAGGUGCCAUCGGUCUGCUGGUGCUGUGAGAACCUAGAGGAGCAAGCGAAAGACUCCAAAAUCACACUGAUGCAACUGGGACCAAAGAUGGCACAAGAGCUCAGUCCACAUGGUGGCCAGAGAAGUAGACACAAUAAAAACACUGACGGAACACUUCUUCAACACUCGCCUUAUAGUUUUUCUUGAACCCAUUAUUGUCAGAAUAUUAAUACUUUUGGGAUAUUUUAUUUUAUUUUUAAAACUAAAGCCUUUUUUCUCUCAGUGUGUACAUAUAUAUAAAUAAAUGAAUAAAUGGGAGGCGAACGCACUUUGGACCUUUUCAAGUGCUUUCCAAAUUUAUUAAAGCUGUUUUAAAAGAUCUGAGUGUAACACAGGUUCUUGUAUCAAUAUCAGAGCUGGUAUAACGUUUGUAAAUCAAAGCUGGUUUGAUUUUUAACGGAUAUAUUUCCAUAAAAAUCAAACACCUGCAGUUCCCAAAGUGGGAAUGAAGCUAACCCUGCAAAAAAAAAAAAAAAAAAAGAAAAAAAAAAGUAAGCAGCGUUCAGAGUAUUUUCAAGCAUGUUGUUCACAUUAUUUUAAGUACAAUUUCUACAGGUUUGCAGACACUGUAUUCGAAGAAGAAUUGUUACCCUUUACCCAGACACACAUAUAGCCCUUACAUCACUCAUUUUAUAUAACAGAAUUACAAAAAAUGCCAUUAAACGCGUAUUCAGGAGUGAAACAUGUUGUCGGGAGUCAAAUGUCUCGUCUGUCAUUCUGUCUGUGUGAAAUUAGAGGGAGGAUCCGAAUGUAAAUGGACGACUUGCUGUAAAACUUUAACUGUGUCGUGUGUUUUGGCUGUAGGAGUCUGUGUACACUCUGUAGGCUGUUUGUAAUCAUCUUAGCAGUGUGUCAAUUUGAUUUUGACUGCUGUGGUACUAAAGGACAAACUGGGGCAUUUUACUUUCUUUCAUUUCAAAACCUACUCACACUAAGGGACUUUAUUUGAGCGUAGGUUUACAUAACAUGUCGUACGGCGAAAAACACUGGUUGGUCAAUAAGGUUAUUUAAAUGGUUUUACUCUGAAACUGUGUGAUAUUUUAGGCUUGAGAGUCUGUAUAUGCAGUGUCCAAUAUCGGCACAAUUUACAUUAGGAAUUAUCUUUGUACUGGUUUUCAGUAGAUGCCCAUGUAGUUCAAGUGUGGUGUUCUACUGGUGCAAUGGCUGAUGUCGUUGCUGUGGACAUUUUGGGGGACAAGGGGGGGCAGAGGGGAGGUCAGAAAAGGGUAACACAGUGCUCGCCCUCUUAUUCUACUAUGUCAAUCAGGGGGUGGACGAUCCUUUGAUAUGGUAUCAAUUUUGUUUGAUAUGUGUUUUCACCUGAGCAGAUUUUUUGAUGUAUAAUUCUUACUAACAGAGUGAAGCCAUUGAAAUGUAAUUAUCCUAGCACUUUGGUUAUUCCGGGUCUUUUAGAGGCUAGAGCAGCGACGACGCCACCACAAUUGUUUCAGACGCCUUUUGAAAAAAUAAAAAAAAGCUUUGAUUUCGCAAUAA